UGUGUCAGUUCUCUUGGCGCCGUGGAGGGGAAACUAUACAGCUCAAGCAAGGAGGGAGAAAGAGAGAGACACCGAGAGAGCGAGAGACGUAGAGAGAGAGAGAGAGAGAGAGAGAGAGAGAGAGAGAGAGAGAGAGAGAGAGAGAGAGAGAGAGAGAGAGAGAGAGAGAGAGCGUUAGGAAGGAAACUCACAGCAUGAUCCACUUAAGAGUUUGUUGCGGGUUUUUACACUUAUUUGCUUCUCUAACCUAAGCAGUUCCACUGCUUAUUUCACCCGAGGUCUAUUGUUUUUUAUUAAGAGCCAUAAUUUUUUCUUUUUCAUUUUCCAUUUCAAAGAAGAAAACAAUUCUCCAUAUAUGAGAAUAAGCAUUUAAAUUGGGAUCAUUUCAGCAGAGUAAAGGCUUGCGUCAUGACAACGAGGGAGCUCCUGCUUCUGGCUGUUCUCCUCUCCCUGGUGGAGAGACACAAUCAGACAUGGUCCAUGUCUGAAUGCCCUCAAGGAUAUAGUUCAAACGCCGAUGGUGUUUGCAUUGAUUUUGACGAAUGCGAGGGAGAAAAAGAUUCACAAUCUGGCUAUCAGUGCGGGGAAGACGCAAAGUGUGCCAACACAAAUGGCAGCUCCCUCUGCAAGUGUAAUGAUGGCUUCGAAACUACAAAAGGGGAGCAAAGCUUUGACCCUUUAAUCGGGGACAAAUGUUCAGAUAUCCCCGAGUGUGAUAGAGAAAAAGGCCUUUGUGAAAAGCAUGGAGAGUAUGCAGAGUGUCGCAACUCUGUGCCAUUCUACUCCUGCAUCUGCAAGAUGGGAUUCAUCGCUUCCAGUAGGCAGGAGAUUUUGGCAGAGGGUGACAAUUGUACCGACGUAUGUAAGAUUGAUAAGACAAUCUGUGGAAAUGGAUACUGCCAACAGGGAAAAGAUGGACAUGUGUGUGCAUGCCAUCCCGGAUCCAGCAACUACGGCAACAAGAGGUCCCGCUGUGUUGAAUUAAACUGUGAGGUGUUCACGAAUGCGUUGAGUCAACAAGAGAGUGAUCCAGAUGUAACUAGUGUCCUAAGGAUGUUGAAGGGCAGCUGUCUGAACCUAAGCGAGAGCGAAACUCCCACCAGCUUGGACGGAGAGGAAUUUCUUGAGAGGCUGUUGUCUAUGAUAGACAGGCUCCUGUUGGGCGGAACCGUCUUGGAUAACAAGCAGGUAUCCUUCAUCCUAAGUCUAGUGGAGAGCAGCCUGGGUCUGAUCGCUCCCUUCAUGAGCAAGAACAGAAUGCAGGUCUCCAAAGCUCACACAGAGCUGGAGAUGGUUCUGUUUAAAGGUCCUGGUUUCCCCCAGGGCCCUGUGACAUUGUCAACUAAACAUGCCAAGCUGCAGAUGCAAUGGGAAACAGCUGCUGGAAAAAACUCCACUUACCCAGGCUUUACAGCCCUGUCCUUGCUGAGCUACUCAACCUUGGAGAACUCCACCAAUCGGUCCUUUAGUGGGAUCAAUGUAACAAAAAAUAUCAGCCUUCAGAUGAAUUCUAAAGUGGUUACGGUUAAAGUUAGUAACCCAGACACUGCCGCCCUCCAAGUGCCGGUGACAUUAACCUUCAACCACCUGCCAAGAACAGACAAGGCCAACGACUCGAUCUGUGUUUACUGGGACUCGGAGGCCGACGGCGGGUCCUGGUCGACUGAUGGCUGCGACACCCUCCACUCAGGUGCUAACUACACGCUGUGCUCCUGCAAGCACCUCAGCAGUUUCGCUGUCCUCAUGGCCCUUCACGACAUAGAGGACCCGUAUGAGAUGAAGGUGUUCACCUGGGUGGGUCUCACGCUAUCACUGGUUUGCCUCUUCCUCUGCAUCCUGACUUUCGCCCUGAUCCGCUCCAUCCAGAGCCCCAGGAACAGCAUUCACCUCCACCUGUGCCUCAGUCUCUUUGUCGCUAACCUGGUCUUUCUUUGCGGCAUCACUCGCACAGAGAACCAGACCGGCUGUGCUGUGGUGGCAGGGCUGCUGCAUUAUUUCUACCUGGCGGCCUUCUGCUGGAUGUGUCUGGAAGGCAUUCAGCUCUUCAGGAUGGUGGUCCUGGUCUUCAACACCAGCUUCCAGACGGUCCGCAUGAUGGCUGUGGGCUACGGAGUACCGGCGGUGAUAGUCGCCAUCUCCGCACUGGUCAAUUCCGGCGGAUACGGCACAGAGAAAAAUUGCUGGUUGAACUUGAAAGGUCCGUUCAGGUGGAGUUUCUUCGGUCCUGUCUGCUUCAUCAUCACAGUGAACAUUUUCUUCUUCUUCGUCACUGUGUGCAAGCUGGCACAGAAGUUCUCAAGUUUAAACCCUGACUUAGACAACUUACACAAGAUCAAAGCUUUCAUUAUCACCGCUGUGGCCCAGCUGUGUGUACUUGGCACCACGUGGAUCUUUGGCUGUUUCCAGUUUGGGAACAGCCCGUCAGCCAUGUCUUACGUGUUCACCAUCCUCAACAGUCUGCAAGGCGUUCUGAUCUUUGUAAUGCACUGCCUGCUCUACAAACCGGUAAGAGAGGAGUAUGGAAAGAUAUUCUCCAGAUUCUUCGCAUCAAAGAAGAAGUACUCAGAGUUCACUUCCUCUCAGUCAAGCAAAGCACAGAAUUCCAAGAGUUCCCAGAACACUCGGGAGUCUGGCAUUUGAAGUGCUGUCGGAAGGCUGAAGCUUGUAGAGUGGAGCUUUGUAUGUCUUUGGACCCCCUCCAACGUCUUCGGGGAGUACUUCCUGUUCUUAUUCUCUAUAUAUUUGUUGGAAAAAUAUUGGAAAAAGUUGCCUUCCUAGUAGCUGGUUGGUUGCACUGCAGUAUCGAAAAGCCCAGCUGUUCAAUUUAGCAUAUCCAGAUAUACUUUACUUUCCCCCCUCCCCUCUCACUCUCCCACUUCCAGAUCAGGUUUCAAAUGUGUCCCUUUUUGUGAGUGUUUGUCCAUAGGCACACACAAAUGUAAUGGAGGAAUAAUGGCUAUUGAGUCAAUGAAUGAAACAUCAAUUUGAUGGAUGUUCCAAAUGGUGUACUUUCAUUACUCCAUGAAUGUAAAUACGAAUUCUCAGGGAUUCUUAGUUUGACCUUUAACCUCUGUAAUGACAAUCUUACAAAGAGAAUGAAUGUUUAGUUUUUUGUGUAGCAAUCUAUGGUUAAUUUUGUUUGUUGUAUACAUAAUUCUUACGCUGUAGAUAAAACGCUCUCACUUCCUUAAUUGAAAGUGGAAAAUAGGAUAGAGAUAUGUUUAAAAUGUACAUUUGUGUUUAUAAUGUUAUUUUGUGUAAGGCGUUUAGGCUUUAAUAAUGUAUGUAUGUAGUGCCAAAAUGGAGUGAUAGGAUUGUUGAUCAAUCUCUAUCUUCACUGUGAAGAGAUUCUUUAAUAAGGAACCAAAAGACGACGAGUUCUUGGUAUACACUGAGGAGUACCUUAAUAAUUGAAUCAUUAAGAUAUACAUUUUAGCCCUCUUGAUGUCAGAUGAUGUUUAAAUGCUGUUUGUGGUAGCCUUGAAGCUCUGUCGCCGAACACACUUAAACACGACUUGUUUGCUGCACAUGUUGCCCUUCAAUAUGCGAAGGACGUUGACUUGUGCAAUAAAACACAAAUCACAGCUCUGCUUUCCUCA